UUUGAUAUGGCUUACAGGCGCCUUCAGAGCGUAGAAAGAAAAAUGCAACGUGACACUGAAUAUGCCCAACAGUAUAAAGAGAAAAUUGAUACCUAUAUUGCCAAAGGAUAUGCCCGCCGAUUGAGUUCAAAAGAAAAAGAUAGCAUAUCAUUAAAAUCGUUUUAUUUGCCGCACUUUGCUGUGCAUAACCCUAAUAAAAAAGGAUUACGUCUUGUAUUUGACGCUGCCGCUGAAAUAGGAAAUGUGUCACUCAAUAAAGCCUUAAUUGCCGGCCCGGAUCUCAACCAACCGCUCAUUUCGAUUUUAUUUAAAUUUCGCCAAGCUCCAUUCGCUGUGUGUGGCGACAUCGCCGAGAUGUUUCACCAAAUUUCUGUAACUGAAGAGGACCAAGCCUGUCUUAAAUUUCUUUGGAGAAAUGGUGACUCUAGUAAGCCAGUCGAGGUAUUUGUAAUGCAAAGAUUAAUAUUUGGUGCUAGCUGUUCACCCACAAUAGCACAAUACGUUAAAAAUACCAACGCAAAAAAUUUUGAGGUGGAUUACCCCAGAGCCGUUAAAGGCAUUGUAGAACGUCAUUAUGUUGACGAUUACGUCGAUUGUUUUGAUACGGAAGAAGAAGCGGCAAAAGUCGUAAAAGAAGUUAUCGAAAUACACAAAAAUGCAGGAUUUAAUUUGAGAAAUAUUUUAUCCAACUCUGAUUACGUAAAUGAGUAAUGUGGAAACUCUGUCAGCUGUGAAAAGUCAGUUAAACUGGAAGGCGACGUCGAUCGUGUUCUUGGUAUGAAUUGGGUCACAAAACAAGAUAUUUUUACCUUCAGUUUAAAGCUUCAUCGUGUUCCACAAUGCAUUUUAAAUAUGGAAAGAGUUCCCACAAAACGUGAAUUGCUAAGCCUUACCAUGUCUGUAUUUGACCCAUUUGGAUUUUUGGGAAACUUUAUGAUCUCAGCAAAAUUACUACUGCAGUCAACAUGGAAAUUGGGAUUAAAAUGGGAUCAAGAGCUACCAGAAAAUAUCUACGAACGGUGGAAAAUGUGGUUGCAAGAAUUACCCAAAGUAAAACAAUUUCAAAUGCCUCGCUGCUAUAUGAGUACGUUUAUGACAGCAGCAGUACAAUUGCAUUUAUUUGCCGAUGCAAGUGAGGAAGCCUUAUCGGUGAUAGCGUAUUGGAGAGCAGAGAUUGAAGGAAAAGUCUACUUAUCUUUUGUUUGUGCAAAAACUAGUUGUGCCCCCACACGUUAUCAUACGAUCCCGAAGCUCGAACUACAAGCCGCAACAAUGGCAGUGCGUUUAAAGGACAACAUCGUCAAGUACCACGAUGAUCGAGUCAACAUUUUUUUCUUUUGGAGCGACUCUACAACAACUAUAAGAUGGAUUCGAGGUGAUCAUACAAAAUAUAAACAAUAUGUGGCGAAUCGGGUAGCGGAGAUUAUCGAAAACACCAACAUUGCAGAAUGGCAUUGGUGCCCUGGAGAGCUAAAUCCGGCUGAUGAUGGUACAAGAGCAAAAUUUCCUCCGUUAUAUGACCCUAAAGGUAGAUGGAUAACUGGUCCAUCUUUUUUGCUACAACCCAAAUAUGAAUGGCCAGACGAGGCCAAAAUGAAUAAGAUUACUGACUCUUGUUCAGAAGAGUUGAGAGCCAAACGGAAACUUUUCCUGGUCACACAAGUGAGUAGUAUUGAAAAUAUUAUUAAUCGAUUUUCAAAUUACAGUAGGCUCAAGCGCACCAUAAGUUGGGUUCUACGCUACAUGGCAAAUAUUUUGCGAAAAAUACAACACGAGGAACUGCUCAAAGGUGAACUUUCUGCCGCUGAAGAGAAAAAUGCUGAAUUAUUUCUUUGCCGAUAUGCUCAAAAAACAGCAUAUUCAACUGAGUACGCCAUUCUUAAACAACAAGGUACAAUUUCAAAGUCUAGUGAGCUGUUGUCGCUCAAUCCCUAUAUGGACCAAGAAGGUAUAAUACGAGCAAGUGGUCGCAUACAAAACGCCGUAUUUAAAUCUGUCGAAUUAUGUCGACCCAUUAUUUUACCAAAGUCACAUAAAAUUACACUUUUAAUCUGA